CACCAUAUGCAUCGCAUUCCCACCACCAUCUCUCAUUUACAAAAUUCCCAAAGUAGCCUUAUCUUUUUCGUCCAACCUUCCCAAAAUAGCCCCGUAGAUCCCAAUCCAAAUCACCACCAUCAAUUGGAUGAAGGCAAAUACUGCCAAACAAACCCCACUCACGGGCCAUUAAAAUCUCCACUAUGCAGAAGAGAAAGCCUAUAAAACCCAUCUCCUCCCUUCUUCCGAAAUUACCCUUCCAAAAUCGCCUCUUUCUCCUCUCCAUGGCCUCUCUUAUCUCUCUCGCCUUCCUCUCUCUCUUCCUCAUCCUCCCCCUCUCUUCCGCCACGCCUCACCAUUACCACAAGGACCCAAAACAGCUACCGGACGCACGCCAUUCCGGGAAAAACCCAAAACAGUCACCGGUUUCCGGCUCCCCAGAAAUCCAACAGGCAUGCAAAGCCACCCGAUUCCCGGAUUCCUGCGAAAGCGGUCUCUCCCAAGCCGAUCUCCCAAACCCACCAAAACCCAUCGAUAUAAUCCUCGCAUCCAUCAAAAUCUCCACCGAAAACCUCAAAACCGCCCAAUCCAUGGCCAAAACCAUCCUCGAUUCCGCCUCCGGCAAUCCCAACAUGUCCAACGCCGCGCAGAACUGCCUCGAGGUUCUGGGCUACUCCCAAUACCGCAUCUCCCUCUCGUCAGCGUCCGGGAUCCUGCCACGCAGGGCCAAGGACGCAAGGGCCUGGAUGAGCGCUGCCGUCCUCUACCAGUACGACUGCUGGUCUGCCCUUAAGUACGUGAACACGACUCAGCGAGUCAACGACACGAUGGCGUUCCUCGACUCGCUGACCAAGCUGACCAGCAACGCCCUGAGCAUGAUCGUCUCCUACGAUCUGUUCGGUGACGAUACCGCUCUCUGGAAACCGCCCAUGACCGAGAGAUCUGGUUUCUGGGGGAGCAGCAACGGCGAUGGGGUAGGUUCCAGUUUCAGGGGCGGUUUUCCGUCUGGUCUAACGGCGGACGUUUCGGUCUGCCAGUCGGGGGAGGGUUGCUAUCGUACGGUGCAGAGUGCAGUGGACGCUGCACCAGAUAUCUUGAACGGUGGGCGCAGGUUUGUUAUCCAUAUAAAGGAGGGGGUUUAUGAUGAGAUCGUCAGGGUUCCGUUACAGAAGAGGAAUGUGGUCUUUUUGGGAGAUGGGAUGGGUAAAACCGUCAUUACCGGCAAGUUGAGUGCUCAGAUGGUCGGCGUUUCAACCUACAACACCGCUACCGUAGGAGUCAAUGGUGAUGGAUUCAUGGCACGUGAUCUGACGAUCGUGAACUCAGCGGGCCCAGAUGCCCACCAGGCCGUCGCAUUCCGGUCCGACAGCGAUCUUUCCAUCCUGGAGAACUGUGAAUUUUUAGGGCACCAAGACACUCUCUAUGCCCACUCCCUCCGCCAGUUCUACAAGUCAUGCCGCAUCGCCGGCACUGUCGAUUUCAUCUUCGGCAACUCGGCCACCAUUCUCCAGGACUGUCAGAUCCUUGUCCAGCCCCGACAGCUCUCGCCAGAGAAAGGCGAGAACAAUGCCGUGUCUGCUCAAGGCCGCACCGACCCUGCGCAAUCUACAGGCUUCGUUUUCCAGAACUGUGUGAUCAAUGGCACAGAUGACUACAUGACAUUGUACCUUAAGAAUCCAAAGGCACAUAAGAAUUACCUUGGGCGACCAUGGAAAGAGUAUUCAAGGACAGUUUUCAUUCAUUGCUACUUGGGGGCUCUGAUCAGGCCAGAAGGGUGGCUACCAUGGUCCGGCGAUUUCGCACUCUCCACAUUGUUCUACGGUGAGUUUGAGAAUGUGGGUCCCGGUGCAAACCCAUCGGCAAGGGUGAAAUGGAGCAAUCAGAUUCCAGGGGAGCAUGUUUCGGUGUAUUCAUUGGAGAAUUUCAUUCAAGGAGAUGAGUGGCUACCAUCAGCUCCUCCUCAGUAGAGCAAGGAAGAUGAGAGAGGCCUUUUAUAAUUUCAUUUUGUCAGGCAACUUUAAACCUAUAGAAGAGUAGAGUGGAAGUGGAGUAGAGUAGAAAAUCUUUUUUUUUUAGAGUCUACAAUCAAUCUUGUAAAGAAAUGGCCCUAAAUCAAUAUGUGUUGUUACAUGAUUUUCGGCCCCCCUUUGUGUCUAUGUUCUGUUGUAUGUAGACAUUAUCUGACACGUGCGACCACGUGUGUGUAGAGGGAGAGAGGUCGUUAAGAUCAAUGAUUUUUGUUUUUAAUGAAAUUAAUUAUAUGAAAUGGUAUGGUAAUGUGGAUCAUCACCACUCAAAGUUUUACUA